GGGGGGGGGUGUCCAUCCUAACUUACAUAUCUUUGAAAUAUUGAAGAAAAAAAACUGUGCAUAUUGGUUGUAAAUUGGAAAUUAGUUUUUCAAAUGCAUUGAAGAGCUUUUUUUCACCUCGUUCAUGCACUAUUAUAUCUACACUUGAGAGCUUCUAACAUUAUGCUUCUUUGAUAACAGCUGUGUACAAUUUUUAAAAAAAUAUUUUAAUUCUUUGAUUCCAAUGAAUUGAAGAAAUUUGAAACUUACAGCUUUUUGAUACCUAAAUUAAAACCAAAGGAUCCAAUUCUUUUCAAUCUUUCCAGCAAUUAUCAGUUGUAAUUAUUAGGUCGUUAAAAGGUAGGUAUAAAAUAAACCUUAAACUACGUUUCUGAAAAAAUUAGCCAUCCAGAUAAUAAGGAGACUUCGCCAACCUUGAACCCAAAACCUAAACUUCGAAGAUAACAAAAACAAGCAAGCAGUGUUCACUUUAUGGGCAAUUAAACAUUUCUCAAAACUUGAUAGGUAGGUACUACUUUGAAUUUCUCAAAAUUCGCUGAAAAAAAAAAAUAUUCCAUUGCAUUCAUCCGCACUCAUACAACACCACAAUCAUGACCCACAAUCGUCAACAAAAAUAGUUUGAAAGUUCUACUUACACGUAUGCAUAUUUUAAGAAGUUCGGCAUUUCUCGCGUGUUCUAAGUAACAGCCAAACACUACCUAUUCAUUAAAACAUGCUUGAAAAAGUGACAGUUACUGUGAAAGAAGGGAAAGUACGGGGCUUCAAAACAAAAACUGCUUAUUCUGGAGCAGAAUUUUAUACCUUUCUUGGAGUACCUUAUGGGCAAUCAACUGGAGGUGCAGCUCGUUUCAAGGAUCCUGUGAAAGUGAAACCAUGGAAUCAUAUUUUGGAUGCAACCGUCGAAAGAGGAGGCUGCAUACAAUUUUCGUUAAGGCAGAAAGAAAUGACUGGUUCAGAAAAUUGCUUAUAUAAUAAUAUAUACACACCAAAGCUUCCAUCAGUAGGAGAUCCUUUGAAAGCAGUAAUUGCGGUUAUACACCCAGGAGGAUAUUUUCAUGGAUCGCCAGAUCCUUCAUACUAUGGAAGUCCUGAUUUUAUAAUGCAUAAAGAUGUGGUGUAUGUUUGCAUCGGGCACAGACUGCACUUUUUAGGAAAUUUAAAUCUGCAUAUGAAAGGUUGUUCGGGAAAUCAAAGUAUAAAAGACAUUACAUUGAGCUUACAAUGGAUUAAAGAAAAUAUUAGCGCUUUUGGAGGUGAUCCUGAUAAUGUAACCGUUAUGGGUAGUAGCAGUGGUUCUUCAUUAGUGCACUUUUUACUAUUGUCACCUUUAGCAAAGGGUUUAUACCAUAAAGCGAUCCUAAUGGGUUGUUAUGUAUUUUGUCCAUUACUUAAUUUUCCAAAGGACCAUGUAGCAAUAGCCAAUGCUAUUGCAAAGAUGAUGUAUUACGAUGGAAAACCAGAUGACCAUAAAAAACUGCUGACUUUUUACAAGAAUGUCGAUAUCACCAGCCUAUUCAGUACAAGACCCGAACACUUUUUCAGUAAAACAACAUUACAAGUUUAUCCUUGUUCGCCAAUCAUACAAACUUCUGAACCUGAUGAAAACUCCCCUAUACCUGUACCACUCAGAAAACUCAUCCCCUCAACGAAUCGAGUCCCAAUAAUGAUAGGAUUUUGUGAACGAGAAGGUUGCAUGGCUCUAGCGUUGCUUAGAAAUUACAAAAGAUCUAUAAAUGAUAGCUUCCCUAAAGCUCUUUGUCAAAAUGAUUUCGGAUGGGGAGCUUCGUUGAACGACGAUGAAUUGAAACAAAUAAAAGAAGAAGUGGAAAAUUUCUAUUUGGCCGGAGAAUCAAUAGCGACAGCUUCGCAGCCAACUUUAUGUGAUAUUAUAACAGAUGCUGGUUUAUCUGAGGUUUAUGAUUCGUUGAUAAAUGUGGUCUCAGCAGAUCCUGCUUCACCAGUAUAUGUGUACAAUUUUCACUAUGAUGGUAAAUUAUGUACGAUGAAAGCAAAAGUAGACAAAUUAUUAGAAAGCCCAUUAAAAGGUGCCUUUCAUGGAGCCGACUACAGCUACUGGUGCUACAACGAAGAAACUGCUGGUAAAACUAUGAGUACCAUACGUCCAAAAGACCGACAAACAAUUGAAACAUUUACAAGCCUUGUGACUACAUUUGCUAAAACUGAUAAUCCGAAUUAUGAAGGAAUGGAGGUCAAAUGGGAACCUACGACUCCUGAUAAUCCAAGUCAUUUAAUUAUUGACGAGACUUUACGAGCUCAAGAAGGACUGCUGAAUGGUGAACGAAUGGAAUUUUGGCACAAAUUCAGGGCCGUAUUUACGUAUAGGCAGUAUAGGCAGCUGCCUAGGGCGGCAAAUUUUAGGGGGCGGCAAAUUUUUGCUUCAAAAAAAAAAUUAAUCGUAUAGAUUUGGCAAAAAGUACCUACGGAAAUGUUCAGAUUUCUCGAUUUUUACCCUACGAGUAUAAAACAUGCAAAAAUGGACGCUUUUUCAUUUCUUGAACCCAUUUUUUCGAAAAAAAAAUCGCUCUCGCUUCGCUCGAGCAAUACUUUUACCUUCCUUCUUCUAGAAUUGUCAAACACCACGAAAGGUUCUCGGGUAAUUAUCUCUAAUUUCGAGUUUUCAUGCCUAAAAUUUUGGUUUUUCACACGGUCAAAAUCAAGAAACGCGUUUUUCAAAGUUCUUUUAGCGUAAGGAAACCUGCGGAUUUCAUUUUUCAUGAAAAAUACGGAUUUUAAAUAAAUUUUUUGGCUGCCAG